AAGGGUGAGGUUUUUUUCACAAGGCACAAUCAACAGUGAGACAUUCACAUGCAAACCAGGAGUCCUACCACAAUGGAGAUUGGUGACAUGAUUGAGAUAAAAAAAAAAAUGUUCAAACACUGGGCUCUGUACAUUGGAAAUGGAGAGGUCAUCCAUUUGAUAAAUCAAGAUUGCAUUCCAAAAGUAGCUUUCUGCAGUGUUAGCUCAUCCAGUAGCAGUUUUUCCUGUAAAGGCAUGUUUCUAAUAGAGACGUACGAGGAUGUGACAGCAGGGAAAUCUUGCAGAAUCAACAACUACUUGGAUGACAAGUACAAACCAAGGACGACUGACGUCAUUAUGGAGGAGGUGAACAAAAUGAGAGGCCGCACAAUAAAAUAUGACCUCCUUGGAGACAACUGCGAGCAUUUUGUAACUUUCCUCCGUUAUGGCAAAUCAGAGUCCAAACAGGCAGAUGACUUCAUGAACCGUUUGUUAAUUGGUUCUGCAGGCCUGGUUGUUGUAGCGCCUGCUGUUGGUGUUUGUGCAACUGCUGCUGCUGCUGCUGCUGCUGCUGCUGUAGCAAUCAAACAUAGUAAAUAAUUUAUUGGGUCUCAUGAGUCUAAAUCAAAUCACAUUUAAUUUUUCACAUACACGUGUUUAGCAGAUGUUACUGUGGGUGUAGCGAAAUGCUUGUA